GGCGGUGGAGAGCAGAGGGAGGGUGACGAGGAGAAGCCAUUGCAGCAACAGCUUGGAGGAGGAGCAGUACAUUUCUUCGCCUAGUAAAACUGGAGCAGGAGCAAGAAUCGAGGAGGAAGAGGACGUGCCAACUCAGGGAACCACUGGGUUGCUGCAAAGAGGGGAGGGGAGAGGCAGGGGCUCUGCAUGCAGCGCGCUGGCUCCAGCGGUGCCCGCGGGGAAUGUGACAUCAGCGGCGCUGGGUGCUUGCGGCUGGAGGAGGCAGCUCGCCUCGGCUGCGCGGUGCACACCUCGCCCAGGGGAGAACGCAGACCCCAGCAGGCGGCCGGGAUGUCGGCGAAGGAGAGGCCAAAGGGCAAAGUGAUCAAGGACAGCGUCACCCUCCUGCCAUGCUUUUAUUUCGUCGAGUUGCCUAUAUUGGCAUCGUCAGUGGUUAGCCUCUAUUUCCUUGAACUCACUGAUGUCUUCAAGCCUGUGCACUCUGGAUUCAGCUGCUAUGACCGAAGUCUUAGCAUGCCGUACAUUGAACCGACACAGGAGGCAAUCCCAUUCCUCAUGUUGCUUAGCUUGGCUUUUGCUGGACCAGCAAUUACGAUUAUGGUAGGGGAAGGAAUUCUCUACUGUUGCCUGUCCAAAAGAAGAAAUGGAGUUGGACUGGAGCCCAACAUUAAUGCCGGAGGCUGCAACUUCAACUCUUUUCUUAGAAGAGCCGUUAGAUUCGUUGGUGUUCAUGUAUUUGGACUGUGCUCUACAGCUCUCAUUACAGAUAUCAUACAACUGUCCACAGGGUAUCAGGCACCAUACUUUCUGACUGUGUGCAAGCCAAACUAUACCUCUCUGAAUGUAUCGUGCAAAGAAAAUUCCUACAUUGUGGAAGAUAUUUGCUCGGGAUCUGACCUUACAGUUAUCAACAGUGGAAGAAAGUCAUUUCCUUCGCAACACGCGACCCUUGCGGCGUUUGCAGCUGUGUAUGUUUCGAUGUACUUCAACUCCACAUUAACGGAUUCCUCUAAGCUUCUGAAACCCCUCUUGGUCUUUACAUUUAUCAUCUGUGGGAUCAUCUGUGGACUAACACGGAUAACCCAGUAUAAGAACCACCCAGUUGAUGUCUAUUGUGGCUUUUUAAUAGGAGGAGGAAUUGCCCUGUACUUGGGCCUGUAUGCUGUGGGGAACUUUCUGCCAAGUGAAGAGACUAUGUUUCAACACAGAGAAGCCCUCAGGUCUCUGACUGAUCUUAAUCAAGACCCAAACCGAGUUUUAUCUGCUAAAAAUGGUAGCAGCAGUGAUGGAAUUGCUCACACAGAAGGCAUCCUUAACCGAAACCAUCGAGAUGCUAGCUCGCUGACAAACCUCAAAAGGGCAAAUGCUGACGUAGAGAUCAUCACUCCGCGAAGCCCCAUGGGGAAGGAGAACAUGGUUACCUUCAGCAAUACCCUGCCUAGGGCCAACACCCCAUCGAUAGAAGACCCUGUUAGAAGAAAUGCAACUAUUCAUGCCUCUAUGGAUUCUGCUCGAUCAAAGCAGCUUCUCACCCAGUGGAAGAAUAAAAACGAAAGCCGGAAGUUGUCCCUGCAAGUAAUGGAGAAUGAGCCUGGACAUUCACCACCGAGAUCCAUAGAAAUGAGGUCAAGCUCAGAGCCAUCGAGGGUAGGGGUGAAUGGAGAUCACCAUGGUCCUGGCAAUCAGUACCUCAAGAUCCAGCCUGGCACCGUCCCCGGGUGUAACAACAGCAUGCCUGGAGGUCCGAGAGUGUCCAUUCAGUCCCGCCCCGGGUCCUCACAGUUGGUGCACAUCCCCGAGGAGACCCAGGAAAACUUAAGUACCUCCCCCAAAAGCAGCUCUGCUCGGGCCAAGUGGUUGAAAGCUGCUGAGAAGACUGUGGCCUGUAACAGAAGCAACAGCCAGCCCCGAAUCAUGCAAGUAAUAGCCAUGUCCAAGCAGCAGGGCGUUCUCCAGAGCAGCCCCAAGAACACCGAAGGCAGCACGGUCUCUUGCACUGGCUCCAUUCGCUACAAAACCUUGACAGACCACGAGCCCAGUGGGAUCGUGAGGGUUGAGGCUCACCCGGAGAACAACAGGCCCAUUAUCCAGAUCCCGUCCACGGAAGGUGAAGGCAGCGGCUCCUGGAAAUGGAAGGCCCCUGAGAAAGGCAGCCUUCGCCAGACUUAUGAGCUCAACGAUCUCAACAGGGACUCGGAAAGCUGUGAGUCCCUAAAAGACAGUUUUGGUUCUGGAGACCGCAAGAGAAGCAACAUUGAUAAUAAUGAGCACCAUCACCAUGGCAUCACCACCAUCCGCGUGACCCCAGUAGAGGGCAGUGAAGUUGGUUCAGAGACGUUGUCUGUUUCUUCUUCCCGUGACUCCACCCUGAGAAGAAAGGGAAAUAUCAUUUUAAUCCCUGAAAGAAGCAACAGCCCUGAGAACACAAGAAACAUCUUCUACAAAGGAACCUCCCCUACACGGGCUUAUAAGGAUUGAGUGAUGGCCAUCCAAUAAUUUGGUCAACCCCCCAAAGACCACCUGUUGAUUCUACCUGUGCUCUGCUCCAGCAUUUGGGAAGCCUUUUCACCAAACUAGAUUACCCACCAUGAGCCUGGAACUCUAGAACUUUUGAGAACUGCUACACUGAAGCUUGUAGAUUUCACAACAAGGGGGAGGGAAAGCACAAUGCAAGAACCUAACUAAUGUGAUUAUGUGAAGAGUUUUAAGACCUGUCUUCUUCAAACACAAAAGGUUUUGCAGAGGGCGGUAUCAAAAGAAAGUGGUUUCCUUCAAUGUAUACUAUUUUACUUCCUGAAUGUGCCAACUUUGGGGAUUUUUCUAAUUACCUGUGGGAAUCAAGAACACACGUGUUUUCCCUACAGCAGAGGCCAUGCAGUAUUAUAUAUUCAUUUUGGAGAAUCUGCACCUAAAGCUCAAUAUCGAGUGGUGCUGAUUAUUAUAGUACAUAUACAACGUAAACUCUUAUAUUCUAUUUAGCUGUGAAAUAGUGGCGUGCAAUUCCUUGUCAAAGAAAUGCUACUUUAUUAAGAAGAUGCCAGCUGCUUUGUGUUAGAAUAGCACACACAGCAUCUUCUCCAUAGUGACUGUCACAGUCAAAAAUUGAAAAAGUUUUGUGCAUUUCUUCAAAAGUAUACUUUCUUCAACAAGAAAAAUUGCAUAGGGAUAUUGUCAGUGAAAGGGAAUAACUAGUAUUUCUCUGCAUAGUUUUUCUGCUGCUUACUUUUUAUUUAAGUAUAGGUACUGCUAAUGAAGAAUGUUUUUUAGUGAGUAAAUUUGCAUAAAUUAAAAAAUAUAUUGUUUUAGAGAGUCUUAUAAAAUUGUUGUGAUCAUAUUUUGCAUUUUAUGGCUUCCUUAUUUAUGGAUUUUUAAAUUUUUUUGAUGUUAUAGAUAUGUUCUUCUAUUAUAAAAACAAAGAUAACAGAUGACAUUCCUUGAGCAAAAUAUACUGCUGUGAAUUUAUAAACAAAAAAAUUUAACCCAAAACUUGUCAUUUGGGGUUACAAUGUGAAUACUGUUGGUCAAGUCUACCCUUGGAUGGCACCGACUAGCUGGCUUAGGUUGCUAGUUUAACAAGUAAUCCAAAAAUUUCAUUUGGUUCCAGAUCGUUAAACUAUUUCUGGUAUCCUGAUAACCAGUAAAUUAGAGCCACCAUAGUUGGGUUUUACUCUCUUCCCUGAAAUAGUUUUGUUAGUUAGACAUCAACAAAAAGAAUCUGGAAAAAUGCAAAUUGGUAAGUAAAAGUAUCUCACAUUGUAAGUUAAGAAGGUAUUUCUUCAAAACAUCUAAAUAGGUACAGUUUUAGUGCUUAAAAUGCAAAACAACAACAGUUUUUGCUACCUAUCCUGAAUGAAGCCUUGAGCCUAAAUCAGACGAAAACAAUACUAUCAAUAAGAAGAGGAUAAAAAGAAAACACUUUGAAGUGUUCUCUAAUUUAAAAAUUUACAUGAUAUUUUAAGUAGUAUGAAGAACUAUUUAAUCCUUGAAAUUUGGUAUUACAUCUUUUCUACACCAUUUCUUAAGAAUUCUAAUAUACACUUGCUGAGGGGAUAAAAAGCAACAAUAGGGCUGGUUGAUCUGAUCUUAGUUCAGUUUUCAAUAAGAACAGGAGUUGUUUAGAGAGGAAUAGUAUUUUGUCAUUAUCAGCUUCUACAGGAAAAGGCAGAACUUUCAUAGAGAAACCUACCUUGCAAAGCAUGAGGGAUUGAGCUACAACCAGCAAAAUUGAAAACUCUGGCAAUAAAACAAACUCAACCGUAUCCCUUCUAGCAAUUUCCUUCUCAGAGAGGGGAGUGGGAGUAAAAUAAUGCCUUCCCCACUUCUCACCACCACCACCAUCACGAUACUCCUGCUGGCUUUGGCCAGUUUACAAAGAGGUAAAGGUGGCCUGGUUUUAGUACUCUGAAGAAAAAAAAAAAAAAAGCUGCAGCAUUUGAGGUGCCGUAUGAUGUUUCCUAAUCUUUCCUAUUUCUUAACAAAGGAUUUUAAAGCACUUCUCUAGUCACUGAAGUUUUUUUUUCUUUACAUAAAUAAUGAUAUAUUCUUUUUCUAUUCAAAGUGCCAAAGGCUACAGUUUUUAAUGACUUAACAAAUUGUACCACAUUGUUAAGGAAAAAUAACGAUAGUCACUAGAACUCAGACCUCUGCAUGUAUAUUUGAUAACACAUCUUUUGUAAAAAAAAGAAAAAAAAAUACAGAAAAAAAAUAUUUGUUUACAUUCCACUGGUACCUUAAUUUGAAAUAAAUCAGACUAACAGGUGGUAUCUCUUCUUAGUGUCUUAUUUAUUGUAUUUGCUAAUGGGAGCACCUCUUCCUUUGUUAGGCUGUGCUUUAUUGAUAAAAACAAAGUAUCGAAUAAAGAGAGUUAAUUAUCUUUUUAAAGUAAAUAAAAUGAUGAAUAUAUAUCUAAUAUAUAUAAAGUAUUGUGUUUAAUAAAAUGUUAUGCAAUGUUUCCAACUGAAAAAGUUUGUAAAGUGCUAUAAAUGUAUUUUGUUAAGUAGAGAUCAAAGCUAUUGUGUGAGUAUAUUGUGCUAACAUCGUAGAAAUAAAGAUUAGAUUUCUUCAUCAAAA